AUGCAAUCAACUUUCAGCUGGUGCAAUACAGGCAUCCGGUCUCGUUCAACCCCUCUUUCUCAUCUCCCCUUAACUUUUCCCCAGCAUAAAAAAUUAAGUAGUUUAGUCAUAUUUUAUAUAUUUCUCUUUUUCACAGCACCACGGUCUGGCCUGGCUGCAAAACACUUCAUCGAUGUUGGGGCUGGAGUAGUGGAUGAGGACUAUAGAGGUAAUGUGGGGGUGGUGCUGUUCAACUUCAGCAAGGAAACCUUUGAAGUGAAAAAAGGGGACCGUGUGGCUCAGCUGGUGUGUGAGAGGAUCUGCUACCCAGACCUACAGGAGCUAAAGACUCUGGAUGAGACCGAGCGUGGAGCUGGAGGAUUUGGCUCCACAGGCAGCAACUGAUACAUCAACAUUGUAAACCAGCCUAUUGGUUUUGUUCUGUUACAUGUUAUGAGGUUGUACAAUAAUUACAUUGUUUAAUAAAGACUUAUUAUCCCUUUG